AGCCAUGAUCAUGGAUGUGCAGCUGGCCAUCUUCGCCAACCUGCUUGUCGUUCUCUGUCACUACAUGGCCAUCAACAGUCCCAAGAAGUAGGAAUGAAAGUGGCGCUUUCUCCACCUCAAGUUUCCAGGACAUAGUCUGAGGCAAUAUGGAGCGUGUGAGGGGCCUUCACCCUUCACUUCGUCCCUUCUACCCAUCACAAUAUACAAAGCAACUACACCUGGAUUUGUCGAAACAACUUUUAUUUCCUCAAAGUCUUCCUUAACCCUAUGGCACAAAAAGCUGCCACUGAAUAGGGCCCAGUAUAGGGGCUACUUUCUUUUCUACUCCCUCCCUCCAAUAUAAAAAUAUAGAUUUUUUGUG